CGGUCUUAAGAGCGCUUUACAGCUUGCAAUUCUACAUGCAAGACGCAAGAAAGUUGCCUAAAGGCAUGCGCAGUAUGUCGUCAGUUGACUAUUGCAUGCAACUUCUUGCAAUUGCGCGAUAAUCGGUUUGGUGCCAUUUUUUCUGCAAGUUUUCAUGCAAGUCUAGGGGAAUUUGAUUUUUCCACAAUAUCAAAUGUCAUUGACGACACGGAUUCACGAAUACAUGCCGAUCAGCUGUUUUCUGUUUGUGAAAUAUAUCAACGAUGGAAAUGAAUGAAUAAUGAAAUGGCACUUUCUGAGAUUCUAUAAUUAUUGUAAAUUGUAUAUUAAGCUACGGAAGCUCUCUCUCCUCUAGCUAAGUACCUUAGGAUAAUAAUUAAUUUGUGUUUCGCAGAAAUAGUAUUUCGAAAUAUAGAUUUCUUUGUAAUUGUUCAAUUUUUCCCAAGGGUUUAUUAAAAUGUACAUUCAUUCCUAGAAAAUUAGAGUCAUUUUCAUCAUCUACUUGGAUAAAUUCUGUUGGAGAUACAUUAUUACCCCUCUUCUUGUUCAACUAAGAUCUUACUCACCAGCUCCGAUCUCGGUGUUCUAAAUUAGUGACUAAAAGGCUGGCUGCAGUAAUAAUAAUACUUAAAGUUGCUGCUACCGCCUUUUUCCUUUUAUAUUUGGUUAUUUCUGAUAGUCUUGGCAUUUCGAAAUUUACCAAGUUAAAUAAACAGCAAUAAAGUAAUUAAAAAAAAACAAAAGUUUAUAAGUUAGGUUAAGGGUAAAAUUUCAAAUUGCAUGCAAGCCGGGUUGCAAGCUGUAAAAGACCAUGCAAUUGACUUGCAUGAAAGUCUUGCAUGCAAGAGUAUUGCAGCAAGUUUUCUUGCAAGCUGUAAAGCGGUCUUUACUCGUCGGCAGUUGAAAACUGUUUGACCACUUAGGACCACUAGGACUUUUAACAAACAAAGGUAAAGUUUCAUCUAAACUCAAUAAAAAAGAAGAAUGAAAUUGACAACUGACAGUAUUUUAUGACACAUGACAUAUCUGGCCGUUAUAUACAAAACUUUUUAAAAGCACGAGAAUAGUGUUGUUUUUUAGUCAGUAUUCAGAUUUUUACAGUGGUUUUUUUGGUUUAGUUUGAUUAAAUAUAGCAAAGAAUAUAGACAUUCUUCGUAAGCUUACAAUCCUUUGUGUGAGAAAACAUGACAAGUAUGGUGCAAAAAAGAAAAACUCCUCAGCACUUACAAAAUGUAAAAGUGGUAGUGAGAAUUAGGCCUUUACUUAAACAAGAGGAGGAACAAAAUGUAAAAAGUGUUGUAACAGCUCAUACUCACCGAGAAUUAGUUCUCAAGGAGAAAAAGUAUAGUUUUGACAGAGUUUUCAAACCAACAGCUACACAAAUUGAAUUGUAUUUGAACGUUAUUGCUCCUUUGAUUCACGAUGUGGUUGAAGGAUAUAAUUGUACUGUGUUUGCAUAUGGACAAACUGGUACUGGAAAAACAUAUACGAUGACUGGAGAAAAAUGCAAUCUAGUUGGAGAUUGGAGGGAGGAUGUACAUGCUGGCGUAAUUCCCAGAGCAGCUUUUCACAUUUUCCAUGAACUUGACAAACUGUCAAAAGUUGAUGUAAACGUUAAAGUUUCAUACAUUGAAUUAUAUAAUGAAGAGAUUAGAGAUUUAUUAAGUGACAAUGAGAAUAUUUUACAGAUGUACAGUGACAACAAGGGUUCAGUAACAAUUAGUGGCAUGACAGAAAUUUCUGUUCGCAAUGGCGAAGAUAUUUGUAAAUAUUUGCAACGAGGUAUUGUUAAAAGACAAAUAGCACCAACGCUCAUGAAUCAUCAGAGUUCGAGAUCUCAUACAGUCUUCACAAUUUCGAUAAAUACCAGAGAAACCACUGUAUGUGGCGAUGACAUUUUAAAAGCCGGAAAAAUAAAUCUAGUUGAUCUAGCUGGUAGUGAAAAUAUAGCAAAAUCCGGAUGUAAGGAAAUUAGAGCUGUGGAACUUGCAAAUAUAAACAAAUCGCUGUUAACACUUGGACGAGUUAUACAUGCCUUAGCUGACAAAUCACACAAACACGUACCCUAUAGGGACUCAAAAUUGACGAGAAUCCUGCAGGAUUCUCUAGGAGGACACACGAAAACUGCCAUAAUUGCUACAAUAUCUCCGGCAAUAAAUUCGCACGAAGAGACUUCAAGUACUCUAGAAUAUGCUUUCAGAGCCAGAGAUAUUAAAAAUACUCCUACAGUUAAUGAAAAAAUGACUAAGAAUGAGGUGAUUGAAGGUUUGGUAAAGGAAAUUGACAAAUUACAGAAAGAUUUGGACGCUGCAAGAUCGGGAACAGGUUUUUAUGUAAACAAAGAGAACUAUGAAAGAAUGAUAGACGCUAUUGUAGCUGUAACAGGAGAACAUUUGACAGCAGAUGAGUUGAUGGACAGGAAAGCAGAGAGAAUUAAAAACUUGGAGGAUCGUUUAUAUUCCAGAAUGAGGGAAUUCGAUGAAACUGUACAACAAUGCAAAGCACACAAGGAAGAGUUAGAAAACGCGAAGGCCACAAUAAAAGAACGAGACGAUAGACUCGAACAAGAAAAAUUCCUUUCAAAAUGGUUUGAAGAUCAAACCAGCGAAAAAUUAGAAGAGGCGCAAAAGCUACUCUCGGCAACCAAAACUUUACACAGUGAAAAAGAAAUAUUGUUGGCUAAAUUGGAACAUCAGUUUAACAUAAAUGUUUCCAAUCAAAAAAUUACGAACACUGGGGUUUCAAAUGCUGUAAAUAUGUUAGAGGAAUUUGGAGGUCACGAGUGUAAACGAAUCAAACUGUCCGAAAAUAAAGUCAAAGAACAAGUUAAAAAAAGCGUUGUUGAGUUACAGAAAAACUUCGAUGAAACUUUCAACUCUCUUACGGAGUUACGGGAGGAUUGCGAGACCAGAAUACGAGAAUACAAAAAUGGAUUUUCCAUCAAAAAGACUGUAUCAGUGAAAUCGAAAUACUACCUAGAUACACUGAGUGAGAAAUCUAGGGUAGUAGAAGAUGUUCUAUCCCAAUAUGAACAACAACUUACUUUGAUUAAAUCGGAGGUUUCUAAGAUGGAAGAAAGUUACAAACAAAACUCAAUAAAAUAUUUUGAUGAAGCAAUGACAUUAAUUCAAUCAUCUGACAAUACAGCUAGUGAUAUAAAUUCCGAACAAACUAGAAGGUAUUACGAGAGUUUUAAUCAGAUGGAGAAAACCUUGACAGAGAGGAUUAAAGAAGACACAUCUUCAAUAGCCAUAUUACAGAAACAAAUAGCCCUAUUACAGAAACGAAUAGAAGAAGACAUAAUUACAUUAAAAAGGAUACAAGUAGAUAGAGACAAUGUUGUUAGUGCUGAAAAAAAGACAAGAGAAUGUAUUUUAGAAAGGGCCAAUAAUCUAGAAAAAUUGGCAAAAGAAGCACUAGAAGGGCUGCAUAAUUGUUACAAGCUACCUAAUUUAAUUGCAAUACAAAAUGCUAAAGUGGAAGAGCUACGGGCUGUGAUACAAGAAUUUGAAGACAAAUUAAAUGAGAUUUCUUCGGAUCUAAAUAAAAAACAUGAAGAGAUUACACAACACACAGUAGACACGUAUAAUAAUUCAAUAUUCAAUACCUGUAAAAAUAUAGAAGAAGCUAUGAAUGAAAAAAUUAACAAUUUGUUAAAUAGUGUAGAUAUGAUGGUAGGAAAAACUGAUACAGCGGAAUCGUUUUCAAAGUUCAUCUGUCAUAUGAAAGAAGUGCUCGUCCAGCAACUACUAGAGAAAAACGUCACACCAAAACACGUAGGAGACACUCCCGUCCGACAAUCCACGAGUUACCCUCACAGGAUAAAAGAAGUAGCUCCUCGAGAGGCACUCAUCGAAAAGUUUAAACAAACCUUGGCGCAAAAAAUGGAAGAUUCAGACGAAAGUGAUGUAGGGUAUUGAACAAGUCUUGUGAGAACGUGUGACAGUAUUUAUUGCUCGUUUUAUAUUCACAAACAGUGAUUUUUUAUUUUUAAUAAAAAUAUAUUUCCCUUA